AUGACUUGGCUAUUUUGGAAUGUUAGAGGUAUAAAUAAGAGAUACAAGCAGAAGGAGCUUAAACAGUACCUGCUUAAUAAAAGAAUUAAACUAGCUGGUAUUGUAGAAACUAGAGUAAAGGAGCAGAACAUGGCAAAUAGACUAAAUAAAAUUGCCCCAAGAUGGAGCAGUUAUGCCAACUACCAAGAGGCUGUUAAUGGAAGAAUUUGGUUUCUCUGGGAUCCAAACUGGUAUGAGGUCUCUCUCAAACACAAGACAACACAAAUGAUGCACUGCCAUGUAAGGGAUAGAACAACUGAUAACCACUUCUUGAUCACUGUUAUAUAUGGCUUUAACACACUUGAGCAGAGAAAAUCACUAUGGGAGGACUUAAAAGGGGUGAAUCAAGGAAUAAACCAACCUUGGAUUCUGGCAGGAGAUUUCAAUGCUGUCAUGGCUCCUCAAGAUAGAAUGUGUGGUAACCCUGUUACUCUUGCUGAAGUCCAGGAUUUUAAUGAUUGUAUACAGCAGUUGGCUAUUCAUGAGCUUCCAUGGCAUGGGGACUACUAUACAUGGUCUAAUAAACAGCAGGGGCAAGAUAGAAUCACUAGCAGAAUAGACAGGAUUUUUGGAAACUUUGAAUGGAUGGUCCAGUGGGGACAGGUGGUUACAACUUAUGAACUCCCAUUUAUAUCUGAUCAUGCACCAAUGACCAUCCUUUUACAGAGUCAACAGAGACCUAGAAAUGUCCCUUUCAAAUUCUUCAAUGUUUGGGCUACACAUGAAAAGUUUCUACACAUUGUAAAUGAUAUAUGGUCGCAGAGUCUAAGUGCACAUAGGAUGAAAGAUGUAUGGUUGAAACUCCAGGCACUUAAACCAGCUUUGAGGAAACUUAACAACACAGAAUUCAAAUUCAUUAGAGUUAAAAUUGAAAAUGCCAAAACUGAACUAAAUAGAGUUCAAGAACACUUGUCUGUUCAUGCCACAGAUAAUAUGAUCAUCCAAGAGAAGAAGAUUCUGCUCAACCUGGAAAAGUGGUCACUACUGGAAGAAAGUGCCCUUAAACAAAAAUCAAGGGCUAGGUGGAUCUAG